AUGGCGAGCUGGGGCUGGGUGGCGCUGGCGUGGGCGGCGGCGUGCGGGGCGCGGGCGUCGGCGGGGCUGUACGAGGAGGCGGCGGCUGCGGGCGCGGUGCGGGUGCUGGAGGCGGGGUCGGUGCGGGCGGCGCUGCUGGGCUCGGCCUCGGCCUGGCUGCUCCAGUUCUACAGCUCGGCCUGCGGCCACUGCGUCGCCUUCGCCCCCGCCUGGACCGCCCUCGCCCUCGACCUGCGAGGAUGGGAGUCUGCAAUAAGAAUUGGAGUGCUGGAUUGUGGGGAUGGAGUAAACUAUGAAGUUUGUAAAGAGUAUGGAAUUCAGCACUAUCCCACUUUCAGGUACUUCAGAGCUUUUGCAACACAGUUCACAACAGGAGAAAACCAGCACGGCUCAGAUCGGGAACUUCAGCUGGUCCGUCAGUCAAUGAUCGAGUUUUUGCAGAACCACUCCCGGGAAACAAAACCACCUGCUUGCCCUCCUUUGGAGCCAAUUGCGCCAGAAGACCUGUUUGCUCUCUUUGGGAAACAUGCUCAGCAUUACACUGCUGUCAUCUUCGAGGCUGCAGACUCUUAUGUGGGGCGAGAGGUGAUUCUAGAUCUGAUUCAGUAUGAAAACAUCAUUGUAAAGCGAAUGUUGAAUUCAGACACCACUGUUCUUGACCAACUUGGCAUUACCUCUGUCCCUUCAACUUAUCUCAUCUAUCCGAAUGGAUCCCAUGGAUUAGCUAGCAUUUUGAAGCCUCUCCGGUCUUUCUUUUCUUCCUGUUUAAAGUCACUGCCUGGUGUUAGAAGAAAACAUCCUUCGCAGCUCCCAGCUCCAGUCAGGCAAAGCAAAGAAGGACAGGCAGCCCUUCCGGAGUGGCGAGAGCAUGACAAAUCUAAGCUGUAUAUGGCUGACCUUGAGUCAGGGCUGCAUUACCUGCUCAGGGUAGAACUUGCCACUCACAGAACUCUUGAGGGAGCUGCGCUGAAGACUUUCAAGGAUUUUGUUACUGUUCUUUCCAAGUUAUUUCCUGGUCGUCAGCCUGUGAUAAAGCUAUUGGAAACUUUGCAAAUGUGGCUGGUGAGCCUCCCAUUAGACAAAAUACCUUACGAUGCCAUUCUUGAUCUAGUCAACAACAAAAUGCGGAUCUCUGGACCCUUCCUCCCCAGCCACAUCCAGUGGGUUGGCUGCCAGGGCAGUAGGCCAGAGCUCAGAGGCUACCCUUGUUCUUUCUGGAAGCUCUUCCACACUUUAACCGUUCAAGCAGCAGUUCACCCAGAGGCCUUGCAUAAGACAGGUUUAGAAGAGAAUCCUCAGGCGGUCCUGCAGUUGAUGCAGAGAUAUGUCCAGGCUUUUUUCGGGUGCAGGGCUUGUGCGCGACACUUUGAAGAAAUGGCCCAGGAGUCCCUCCAUUGGGUGAAGACACUGGAGGAGGCUGUGCUGUGGCUCUGGGAGAAGCACAAUGUGGUGAAUGCCAAGCUGGCAGGUGAUUUGAGUGAAGAUCCAGAAUAUCCAAAAGUCCAGUGGCCAACUCCAGAUGUUUGUCCCGCAUGCCAUGAAGAAAUUAAAGGUUUGCACACCUGGAACAAAGUCCAAGUGCUGCAGUUUCUGAAGCAUCACUAUGGUGGUGACAACAUUUUGUAUACAUACACCGAGGGCCAGAGCAACCUGAAUGAGAGAGAACUCUGGGGAGAGAGGAAGAAGGUUGUCGUCCAGAAAGAAAGCAGGACCCCAGCCCUAGAGAAGCUGUUAGGCUCAAAGUUGGGAGUUCUGGAUGGAUGGACAGGGCGAGAUGUCCCUGAAGCCAGAGGAGGUCACAAAGUCGCUGUGGAGUCCCUCGCUGAGGAAGAAAUGAAACAGGCGGUAUCAUUCUUGGGGAUUGGAUUCUCUAACAUCGAUAUGAGUCUGUGCGUGGUCCUUUAUGUAGCAUCGUCCUUGUUUUUGAUGGCCAUAUUCUUUUUCUUCCGGGUGAGGUCCAAACGCUGGAAAGUGAAACACUUCCGUCCUUCCGUGUAGGGCUGGGGCCAGGAGUGUCUGGCUGUGCCCACGGGAAGCUUUAAUUUCUGCCAUCAGGGAUUUUACUACGCAGUGUUUUAUUGAGGAGGUGCUUUCCCUCCUGGCAGGAUCCCAAGCAUUCCUGUAGCAAAUGUAUGUAUUUACUUAAGAAACUUUAAAAUGUUUCUAACAGGUA